GUGCUCUUGGUAAGUAGAAAAUAAAAUUGCUUAUGCGUACUUACGAAUUAAAAUGCAGACAUUUGGACAGUAUUUAACAGAAAGUAGGACUAUUAAAACCCCAGGAAAAUGAUUAUCUCUAAUUAUGCUUUGUAUGUCCUUUGGUUUCACAGGUGCAUCAAUCAGUGCAUUUGGUGUCGCUAUUAUAGUCCUAGCCUAUCUUUGUCAACACAAAAUUUCCAAGCUGAAAUCCAUGAUCAUAGGGAGCAGAAAGAUGAAAAAGAGUCAUGAAUUUGAGGUCGAUUUCGAAAAUCGUGGAAUUCUAGUAACCAGAAGGUAUUCUUACGCUGACAUUAAGAGAAUGACCAACUCAUUCAAAGAAAAACUAGGCGAGGGAGGCUACGGGUGUGUGUACAAAGGGAAACUCGCAGAUGGACUUCUCGUGGCUGUGAAAAUCCUAAGCAAGCUAAAAGGAGAUGGUGGAGACUUCAUCAAUGAGGUAAACAGCAUGAGCAAAACUUCCCAUGUCAACAUUGUUAAACUACUAGGUUUUUGCUUUCACAAAACCAAAAGGGCCCUUGUCUAUGAAUACAUGCCCAAUGGAUCUCUGGAAAAACUCAUAUAUGAAGAGAACUACUUCAAGGUAGGUUGCGGCCAUCUCGGAUGGGACACCUUGUACCAAAUCUCUCUAGGCAUAGCUCAAGGGCUUGAAUACUUGCACAAAGGCUGCAACUCGAGAAUAUUACACUUCGACAUAAAGCCGCACAACAUUCUUCUUGAUGAAAACUAUUGCCCCAAGAUUUCCGACUUUGGCCUUGCGAAGAUAUGCCAUCGAGAGGAGAGCACAAUCUCACUACUUGGUGCACGAGGGACUGCGGGGUUUAUUGCGCCAGAAGUAUUUUGCAGGAACAUUGGAGGAAUAUCCCAAAAAUCCGAUGUGUAUAGCUUUGGGAUGACAAUGCUCGAAAUGGUUGGUGGGAGGAAAAAUACAAUGAACGGAGCAGAGAGAACAAGUGAAAUAUACUUCCCACAUUGGAUUCACAAGCGUCUUGAACUUCAAGAAGAGUUAGGACUGCAUAAUGUCACAAGUGGAGGGGACAUAGAGAAAGCUAAGAAGAUGGUAAUAGUGGGCUUGUGGUGCAUACAGUCUAAUCCUUCAAUUAGGCCAACAAUGAGUGAGGUGGUGGAUAUGCUAAGAGGCAGUGUUGACUGUUUGCGAGUUCCUCCCAAGCCUUAUUUGUCUUCUCCAUCAAGAUCAUCACCAACCACUUCAAUGUCCAUGGUUGUGUGA